GCGGGCUUAUGUCUGAAUACUCGUGCAUGGAAUAAUAGAAUAGGAUCUCGGUUCUAUUUUGUUGGUUUUCUGAUCUAAUGGUUAAGAGGGACGGACGGGGGCAUUCGUAUCGCUGCGUGAGAGGUGAAAUUCUUGGACCGUAGCGAGACGUCCGACUGCGAAAGCAUUUGCCAAGAAUGUCUUCAUUAAUCAAGAACGAAAGUCAGAGGUUCGAAGGCGAUCAGAUACCGCCCUAGUUCUGACCGUAAACGAUACCAACUAGCGUUCCGUCGGUGGUAAAUACGCCUUGACGGGCAGCUUCCCGGAAACGAAAGUCUUUCGGUUCCGGGGGAAGUAUGGUUGCAAAGCUGAAACUUAAAGAAAUUGACGGAAGGGCACCACCAGGAGUGGAGCCUGCGGCUUAAUUUGACUCAACACGGGAAAACUCACCUGGCCCGGACACCGUGAGGAUUGACAGAUUGAGAGCUCUUUCUUGAUUCGGUGGUUGGUGGUGCAUGGCCGUUCUUAGUUGGUGGAGUGAUUUGUCUGGUUUAUUCCGAUAACGAGCGAGACUCUAGCCUACUAAAUAGUCAUCGGAUAAACAAGUUCGGAAGACUUCUUAGAGGGACAAGCGGUGUUCAGCCGCAUGAAGCUGAGCAAUAACAGGUCUGUGAUGCCCUUAGAUGUCCAGGGCUGCACGCGCGCUACACUGGAGGAAUCAGCGUGCUGUAACCAUUGCCGAAAGGUAUUGGUAACCCCUUGAAAAUCCUCCGUGAUCGGGAUCGGGAAUUGCAAUUAUUUCCCUUGAACGAGGAAUUCCUAGUAAGUGUGAGUCAUCAGCUCACGUUGAUUACGUCCCUGCCCUUUGUACACACCGCCCGUCGCUGCCCGGGACUGAGCCGUUUCGAGAAAAGCGGGGACUGCUGUUUCGAGACCUUUCGGGGUGGAGAUUCUUUGGUGGAAACCGCCUUAAUCGCAGUGGCUUGA